AUGAGUCAAACAGACGAACAACAAAAAGAACAAUCUACUCCUACAGCAAUAGGAGUAGUAACAGCCGCAGUAGAAUCACAACCAGCAGAACCACAAGAUCCAGUUACCUUGGGUGAAUCAGUGAAUCCAACUACCAAUGACAACCUAAAAGAAACAAAAGUACUUAAUUGGAUGAAAGAGAUGUUGAACAAAGAGAUAAAGAGAAUUAAAGAUCAGGGUGCAAAAUGUAUUCCAUUUGAAGUUAAAAACACAGGUAUUGUCAAAGAAGAUGGACUUGUUAUAAAUAGAUUAGAAGUAAAGACAACAUUCAACUUUGAUCAAGUCAUCGAAAUUUUAAUAUCGGAAUCAACUGAAUGUCCACAUAAGAAAGGUUAUCAUUUUAUCAAUGUAUUGUUAUUUACUCGUAAACCAGUUCCUUAUAUCAUUCCAUAUAUCUAUUUAAAGACAGAGGAGAACAAACUUACAGAUUGGGUAUUCAUGAAUGAUCUUCUGGGUAGAAGUCAACAUAAGAUCAAUCAAUUCGAGAAUGUAUAA